CUCGUUAAUAUUAAAGGCAUGAAUAGGAACAAUAGACACAAAUGGACACAUACUGAUCUUGAUUAUGCAACAACUGCACUCGACAGAAAUACCCAUUCCAUCCUUCAGCAGUUUUCCUGAAUUCCCGGAAGAUGAUACAGACACAUCAAAGUCUGAUGAAGUUCGAAGAAUUAAAUCAGAAAACGACAGUGAAUUUAAAGCAGAUUUAACAACUCAUCAGCGUUUUAAUCAACAAGAACUGAACGAUCUUAUAAGAGACCUAAACCUUUCACAGGAGUCUGCUGAAUUCCAUGCAUUCAGAUUAAAAGAAAAGAACUUUCUUUAUCCAGGUACUAAUAUACUUUAUCGUAGAAGAGAUAAGGAUCUGCUGCCUUCCAUUAUUCAGGAAAAUAACCUGGCAUUCUGUGACGAUAUAAAAGGAUUCUUAUAAAAAAUGAGUUGGUCAGAAUACACUCCAGACGAUUGGCGC